CCCUUUGAGCACUAACAGUACGGAGGCAGUUGACAGUUCAGCUGCGCAACGCAAUAAAACACUCAACCGCAUCCAAAAAGGAAGAAGAAGAAGAAGCGAAGCGACGCACUUAACUCGUGGAUAUUUGUGAUACAUUUUUGUUCUUUGCAUUUGGAAUCCAAACGGAACAUAUUAUCAACAUGCGUCUCAUCCAGAACAUGUCUACCAUCGCGGAGUACCCAACUUCGGAGUGCCCAUUCAGUCGGGUUAUCAAGAUAGCGGUCAUUGGUGGAAGUGGGGUUGGCAAAACUGCGCUGGUGGUGAGGUUUCUCACGAGACGAUUCAUCGGUGAUUACGAGAGAAACGCAGGUAACCUUUACUCGCGGGAAGUCCAGAUCGACAACGAACAAGUGGCCAUUCAAGUUCAAGACACGCCAGGAGUACAUGUCAAUGCCAACGCUCCGGGCUGUGCCGACCACCACGUGACCUCCUCCAUCCAAUGGGCCGACGCCGUGGUGCUGGUGUACUCGGUGACCGAUCAGUCCAGCUUCGACCUCAUCCCGCAGCUCCACCAGCUGGCGGUGCGCGCCCACUCCGAUAGGUCCAGCAUGCCGCCCGUCAUCCUGCUGGCCAACAAGGCGGACCUGCUGCACGUCAGGCAGGUGGACAGCCAGCAAGGCCCCCUGCUGGCCUCCGCGCUGGGCUGCAGCUUCUACGAGGUGUCGGCCAGCGAGGACUACAGCCAGGUGCACGGCGCAUUCCACCGGCUGUGCCGUGACCUGGCCAAGCAGCAGUCGGCCUCCUCCUCCUCCCUGUCCUCCACCGGCUCUGGAGCUGCCACCUCCACCACCUCCAACACCACCACCACAGAGAAGCGCCGCUCGCCCCUCAUCCCGCGUCCCAAGUCCCCCAACAUGCAGGACCUGAAGAGGCGCUUCAAGCAGGCCCUGUCGGCCAAGGUGCGCACCGUCACCUCCGUGUGAACGAGAGACUGAGACUGAGAGUGAAAAAAAAAUGCUAAGAAGAGAGCGAAAGCUAUUAAGAAGACAACAAGGCAUAAGAAGAGUGUUGAUGGGAGGGCUUCCCUUUUUGAAGACGGAAGAAUAAGACGCAGGAAGGAAGGGAGGCACAAAUGGAGCCUGAGCCGUGAGAGAAGAGAGACAUGGACAUCUUUUUGGUCCACCUCUUCGCCGGGCCUUUUGUUUGCAAAGCCGCGACUGGUGAGACAUGUAGCCCUUUGCCUUACCGAAGAGAUGGCACCAAUGGUGGCUGCGGCUGCUGCAGCCGUUGCACCACUGUGGCACUGUGGCCUUAUGGCGUGGCGGCGUGAGAUGACCAAUGACACGACACGAGCCAGCAGAAGACUACAGAGGCCCCUGACCUCUGGUCUUCAUGAAGUUGUGUUGGUGGACUGCUUGCUGGUGUUUGUUGUUGUGAAAGACAGACUGUCUCCUAUCUGUGCCUGCACAGCAGCAUUGUGGGAGAUGGAGUCUCUAAAAAGCCUUAGUGGACAAGGGCUAAGAGGAGCCGCUUGAAACUGUGUAGAAAUGACAAGCACACACAUGCGUGCACACAGACACACACACAUACGGUACACACUUACACACACACACACACACACACACACACACACACACACACACACACACACACACACACACACACACACACACACACACACACACACACACACACACACACACACACACACACACACACACACACACACACACACACACACACACAGCCUCAGCUAUGAACUCUCUCAAACGUCUUCUCCUGGCAACAGAGGCUCUCAAGGACGCGGCAGUGCAGUGCAGUGUAUUUUUAGGCCUUAUAAGGCACAACCGCCACUUUUCUCUCUUUGCCUGCCUGCCUGCCUGCCGUCCUUAAUGGCAGCCUUCAGACUUCGCCGCGUCCUCACAAAACAGAGCCCAGUAGCUGAACCGCCAGAGAAGCAAGGCACUUUUCAUGAAGGCCACUGUGUGCGUGUGAGUGUGUCUGUGUGUGUGUGUGUGUGCGCGUGUGUACCUUUUCGUCAAAGCAAAUAAUUUCUUGUUAAGUACAAUCACUUGUGAUACUUCACUCCAGUGUGUGUGUGAUAAGUACACUACCGUAGAGUCUCAAAGGGGCAUCGUCUGAAUAUUCGGGGUUUGAUGCGGGGAGGGUAAGGGACAGUAUUUUUGUUACAGCACUUUAAAAAAACACACAGAAAGAAGAAUAAGAAAAGCCAAAGGGCUUGAUAAUGAUAUUAUUUAUUUGUACUUGUUCACGAUUUUUGUGUUUCAAAAUAAAACACCUGAAAAGGAA